AUGGUGAACGCUAUGGAGGUUGACCAGGUCAAGCCAGAGCGCCAUGAUAUCGCUCCGGAUGGCGAUCUCAUUCUGCUUUAUAAGAAACAUGCAAGCCGGCCUGUCGAGUUGCGAGUCUCGACUACCAUCUUGAAAUCCCAAUCCAUCUACUUCAAGGGAUUGAGUGGGAGGUGGCUAGAGACCCUUCCCGUCCGGCCAGAUGGACUGCGGGAGAUGGCCUUUGACAGGCUCGACCCGGAUGCCAUGCUGAUCGUCAUGAAGGCUGCGCACUUGAAGUUCCAAGGGAUUCCAGAUGAGUUGAUUACACAGCUUGCGGGUUACCUUCUGGGAAUCAUGUGGGUGUUUAACCUCAAAGAGCAAUUCAAGAAGUCAACCCGGUCCAUCAUCGUCGAUUGCAAUGCAGUGGAUAUUGACUUGUCUAGGACGCUCAUUGACCAGAGCAUGUUCGACGAUCUCCUGGCGAUACGCCACGAACUAAUGCGCGAUAUGAGUUCUUUGAUACAGUCAAAGCUCAGCACGCCCCUGAAACAGGCCGAGAAGAAUGGCAAAGCCAUCUGCCAUGCGGAAUGCGAUCGCCACAUACGCAUUCAUAUGCAAGUGCUGAUGGAAGCCCCUCCGAACAAAGAGACCAAGCCGUCCAGGAUUGUGGAAGGAUUACGGUUGCUGUUAGAUGAUCGCACAUUCUACCAUAAUUCAAGUCGUAACCCUCUUGAAGGAUCACGCAAGCCCUUCUGUAUCGGGCGGUUGAACGAUGUCACCUCACAACUCGACAGAAAGCUCGAGACGGUGGAAGGCUUCGACCUGGCAGACUGGAGACCAGAAGCCAGUCAGGAAGUGGUCUGGGGUGAUGACGUCGAGCCAGAACUGCGCUUAGACUGGCCAUACGACCAGAAAUUCAACUUCGACUCGGACUAUGAGCUUAGUCCCAGAUCGAGCGCAUCUCCCCCGCCUGGCAAGGGAAAGAAAGAGUGA